AUGAGGGGAGGCAGGACACAGUGCGUGAGAGAAGUCUGUCCCAUUCUCUCUUGUCCCCAGCACCUUAGUCACACCCCCCCAGGACAGUGCUGCCCCAAAUGUUUGGGUCAGAGGAAAGUGUUUGACCUGCCCUAUGGGAGCUGCCUCUUUCGCAGUGAUGUGUAUGAUGAUGGGUCCUCAUUUUUCUUUGACAACUGCACAACGUGUACCUGCAAGGACUCCACUGUGGUGUGUAAGAAGAAGUGCUCCCACCCCAGCAGUUGUGACAGAGGCCAGGAGGCCUGUUGUGAGCAGUGCCUCUUGCGAGUGCCCCCAGAAGACAUCAGCAUGUGCAAGUUUGGCAACAAGAUUUUCCGGGAGGGUGAGGUGUGGUCCAUGGCCAACUGCACCAUCUGUGCCUGUGUGACUGGCAGGACGGAGUGUCGCAGGAAGCGGUGUGUGCCCAUCAGCAGCUGCCCGCAGGGUAAAAUUCUCAACAGAAAAGGAUGCUGCCCGAUUUGCACUGAAAAGCCCGGCAUCUGCACGGUGUUUGGAGACCCUCACUACAACACUUUUGACGGCCGGACCUUUAACUUUCAGGGCACGUGUCAGUAUGUGUUGACCAGAGACUGCGCCUCCCCUGCCUCACCCUUCCAGGUGCUGGUGAAGAACGAUGCCCGGCGGACACGCUCCUUCUCCUGGACCAAGUCGGUGCAGCUGGUCCUGGGCUCGAGCAUCAUUAGUUUGGAGCAGCACUUGGCUGUGCGCUGGAAUGGUUCCCGCGUGGCACUCCCCUGCCGAGGGCCACACUUCCAUGUGGACCUGGAGGGCUACCUGCUGAAGGUGACUACUCAAGCAGGCUUAGAAAUAUCCUGGGACGGAGACAGCUUUGUAGAGGUCAUGGCUGCCCCUCAUCUCAAGGGCAAGCUGUGCGGUCUGUGUGGCAACUACAAUGGGCAUAAACGAGAUGACUUAAUCGGUGGAGAUGGGAACUUCAAGUUCGAUGUGGAUGACUUUGCCGAGUCUUGGAGGGUGGAGUCCAACGAGUUCUGCAACCGACCGCGGAGUAGACCAGUGCCGGAGCUGUGCCAGGGGACAGUGAAGGUGAAGCUGCGAGCCCAUCGAGAGUGCCAGAGGAUCAAGUCCUGGGAGUUUCAGACCUGCCACUCCACGGUGGACUACGCCUCUUUUUACCGGUAA